UGAGAUACAAGAAAGUAAGUCUCUGAUUACUUCUGUUGAAAAGAAAGCUUUUUGAGAAAAUAAAACAUUUGGCUUAUUAUAUAUACACUGUAUAUAAUAAUGUUUAAUAAUGUAAAUGGGUAAAUGAAUUGCUAUAUAAUUAAUACUAUUAUAGGGUAUGUAAAAUGUAUCCUAUUUCUGAAUGUCCUUUUUUUAGCCUUUGCAGAUCUAAUUUAAUAAGAGUAUGUCAAAAAAAAUAAAAAUUAAAUUUUAUCAGUGUUUGAUAUUGCUUGGCUGAAAAGAAGUUACUAAAUAUAACUGAUGAUGAUAAGCAAAUACAAAACUACAUUAAUUUAUUAUAAUCGUUUUCUUGCAAGCAUGUUUGACAGCAUCCCAGGAUAUGAGGGAAUUGCAGCAGGUGGAGGUGGUGCGUAUCUUCCUCCUCCAAUGCCCUCUGUGCCGAUGCCUGUGCCUGAACACGCUUCCAGCAGUCCAGAGUGGCACAACAACAUUCCUUCCAUGUCAGAGGGAAGAGCGCAUCAAGCUUUUGAAGAGUACAUCUCCAACAAGUGCUGCUAUAGUUCUGCCCCGGUCAGAGAGGGGGUCAUAACUAAUAUGGAGUCCUUUAAUACCUACAGGUACCGUUUGGAGACAUUCACAGAGUCCAGAUCUACUAAAUGGAGUGAGGAGCCUUACACAGGGCAGCAUGUUGAUGCCGGUAUUCAGUGUCCUCCAGGACCGUGGGAGAUCGCAGCUCAACCUCCGUCCUACUUUACUGACCACAAGGAGACCAUUAGAGUGCCUUACACUUCCUCAGUCAAGAAAUGUAACCCGUGCAGUGGAAUGGGAAAAAACUCCUGUUCUUCCUGCACUGGAACUGGAAGUAAAGUGUGCUCUGGAUGUAACGGUUCUCGUCAACGUCCUGAUAAUGAGUCCUGCGAUAAAUGUGACUAUAGAGGACAUGAAAAAUGUAGUUCAUGUAGCGGCAGUGGCUUUCACAAGUGUGACACCUGUGAUGGAAAGGGACAGCUGCUCGUCUUCAUCAGCCUCGAAGUUAAAUGGAGCACUGAGAAGGACGAUUACGUAGCACAAGAUUCAAGUGGACUGAGACAAGAAAAGCUGGGGAAGGUUUCAGGAAAGGAGGUCUUCAAAGACGCCCAGAUUACGGUCUAUCCAGUGAUGGGUUUCCCUGAUGUUUCUGUUGCACAAGCAUCUGAAUGUUUAAUAAGAGACCAUCAGGUGAAAUAUACCAAGGAUUCCCGCAUAUUACAACAAAGGCAGACGAUUGAGCUCAUUACCAUAACGAGAGUGAAUUACACAUGGAAAGAGAAGUCCUAUGUUUACUAUGUGUAUGGAAAUGAGUUGAAGGUGAAUGCUGAUGACUAUCCCGCCACCUGCUGCUGUUCUGUCAUGUGACUCAACAAGUUGAUUCAAACCACUGACUGUACAUCCCAAUUUCACCACAUCUCAAAAACACCUGUCAAAGAUGGCUAUUAUUCCGUAUUUUAAACUGUUUAAGUACAUUAUGAUCAUGUAAAUUUUCAUUAAAUAAAUAUUACAACUUAUUUUAAUGUUAGUUUAUGCAAACUUUCUGAGGCAGAGUUCUGCAAUGUAGCCUGCAGUAAAUUUAGAAAAUUCUAAAUAACUUCUAAAUAAAGUGAGUUUUGUG